AUGGACAAGAAAUGCAGCGGAGAGGAGUCGAACUGGCUGGAGGUCGAGGAGGCCGCGCGUUGCACGGGGAAGAAGGCGCCCAUCGUCAACCCCAGGCGAUGGAGCUCCGCGGCGAAUGCCAUGGCGGUGGCCUUGAUCAUGACGAUCCCGCCCAUCCUUUUCAUCUUCAGUGGCCGCCUCGACGCGCCGGCGGUGUGGAUCAAAUCCACCGUGGCCGGAUUAGGAGCGCGAGGAGCAGAAUCGUCCAAGAAAUUAGACGUGCUUCUGGGGGGCCUUCUCCUCCCAGGAUUCGACGAGCAAUCCUGCGCCAGCCGGUACCAGUCCGUCUACUACCGCAAGAACAUGACACGCUCGCCGACGCCGUAUCUCAUCGACCAGCUGCGGCGGCAGGAGGCGCUGCAGCGGCGCUGCGGUCCGGGCACCGACGCGUACCGGAGAGCCUCCGACAGGCUGAAAUCCGGGGUGAAAGGCGUGGACACCGUCGACGGCUGCAGCUACCUCGUGCUGCUGUCUUACCGGGGCCUCGGCAACCGGAUACUCGCCGCGGCCUCGGCCUUCCUCUACGCCAUGCUCACCGGCCGCGUGCUGCUCGUCGACCGGGGGAAGACCAUGGGCGACCUCUUCUGCGAGCCCUUCCCGGGGACGACGUGGCUGCUGCCCCUCGACUUCCCGCUCCAGGGCUACAGGGACCUCGGCGAGGACGCGGCGGAGAGCUACGGCAACGUGACGCUGCGCAACGAGACCGGCGGGUCGUCGGAGCACCGGUUCGUGUACAUGCACCUCGACCACGCCGCAUCCGUCGAGAACAAGCUCGCCUACUGCGACGACCACCGGCAGUUCCUCCACCGGGUGCAGUGGGUGGUCAUGAGGACGGACGGCUACAUUGCGCCCAUCCUCUUCCUCAACCCGGCGUACCAGCAGGAGCUCCACCGGAUGUUCCCCCGGAAAGACUCCGUCUUCUACAUCGUCUCGCGGUAUCUUCUCCACCCGACGAACGACGUCUGGGGCAUGGUCACGCGCUUCUACGACUCCUACCUCAAGAGCGCCGACGAGCGGCUGGGCAUUCAGAUCAGGGUCUUUGUCAAGGACGACAAGCCGAUCGUCACCAGCGGCUGGUCGACGUUCGGGUACGUCGGCACCGCUCUCGGAGGGCUCACGCCAUACAUCAUGAUCAAGCCGGAGGACGAGGAGGUGCCCGACCCGCCGUGCAGACGGGCCAUGUCCAUGGAGCCGUGUGCUCAGGGGCCGCCGUACUUCGAGUGCACGAGGAAAGAGGUCGACAAACUCCUCGACACGGGUAAUCUGGUGCCUCAUGUCCGGGCCUGCGAAGACAUGUCUUGGGGUCUGAAGCUCAUUGAGCCGAUCUCCGAGAAGGAUGUGUAG